UGCGUGGGUCAUCACGUGACUCUGUUUGUGAUGGCUUCCUGCGCUUCUAGUGUCUAGUGUCUACACGCUUUGACAGAAACAUGGGCUUUUGCAUAUUCCUGCGUAAAAUCGACGAAUGUCUUCGUAACAAAAACCUUCAUAUUAGUCUAGUUGAUAAAGAACAGAGAGCAGGCGCCCGUCUGGAGGAAAAUCCGCAAUGUUUCUGUUUAAUUUACCCGAGGAUGUGCUCUUGCUCGUGCUGUCGUAUCUGGAUAACAGAUCACUUUGCCGUCUCUCUCAAGCGUGCAGGAGAAGCUACCAGUUCAUCUCCAGAGACGCGGUGUGGAGGAGAAUAGCUAAAGGCAUUAUUAAUACCGGACUGACACGACAAGGAAUAGACUUAUGUCCUUCAAUUUCUCUGAAGGACAGAGUGAGGGUGUCACACAACUGGAGCCGUGGAGUCUGUCGUACAGAAGUUCUUUUAAAAUGGAAGAUUAACUUGUUGCCAUGGAUACAGCUGGACUGCGAUGUUCUGUAUCUCUCUCAGGCAGCAAACAUCAGUGCGUAUCAUCUGAGAGCUCGGGGGGGAAAGUUGCAGAAUAAUCGAGUGGCCCUUUUCACGGGACACCAAGAAGAUGUGUGCAGAUUCAUUCUGACAGACACACACCUUAUCAGUGCAGGAGGUGAUGGUAAAAUAAUCGUUCAUGACAGAGGAAGUGAAUAUUCUAUUGCGUAUAAUGGUCACAAACAGGAGGUGAACUGCAUUGACGCAAAAGGGGGUGUAAUAGUCAGUGGCUCUAGAGACAGGACUGCAAAGAUUUGGACUCUGACAUCAGAUCGACCCGGAGAGUGCUUACACACAAUUCCAACGUAUGAUCGAGUGUGGUCAGUAGCCAUCAGCCCAUCUCUAUGCAACUUAGUUACCGGAACAGCCUGCUGUGAGAAUUUUGCUCCUCUUCGAAUCUGGGAUACUGAAAGGUGUCACCUGGUGUCGUGUCUCGGUACGGAGUUCCGCCGCGGUGCAGGUGUGUUGGAUAUCGUCUACGAGUCUCCCUUCCAGCUCCUCACCUGCGGAUACGACACCUUCAUCCGCUACUGGGAUUUGCGCGUCUGCACCAGGAAGUGUGUGAUGGAGUGGGAGGAGCCUCACGACAGCGCCCUUUACUGUAUAAAGACAGACAAGAAUCACAUGAUUGCCAGUGGCUCAUCAUAUUAUGGAGUAGUUCGGCUUUGGGAUAAACGGCAAACCCGCUGUCUACAGAUGUUCCAGUUGGCACCCACAACCAGCAGCCCAAUUUACAGUCUGUGUUUCAAUACCACUCACCUGUAUGCUGCUGUGGCCUCCGUCCUCUAUUCACUUAACUUUCGAACUGUGAUGUAACCAUGCUUUUACACGCACUGUUACUUCAGAAUUGUCUGGUUACGAGGAAGCACUCUUCUUGUCUUUUUAAUGAUUGAGGUCAGCUAAUAAUACAGUCUUUUCCUGGUGGAUAUUUCCCUCUAGCUUGCUCUGUGGCUUGGCUCUUGUGAGUGUGCAGGGUUCACGACCUUCUGUGGCCUAAGUCUUAACGGACUUAACACAUUGCCAGCGACCUCUGGGAUGUCUAAAACAAACACUGCUCAGAUUUGCCAGCGGCCACUAAUGGGAUUUAUGUUAAACCACGGCUUAAAUGAUAAUAGAUAGUUUAUUAGUGAAAGUCUAUUUUUCCAACAGUGACACAAAUAAAUGUGUUUCAUAGUC